GGGACUAGAGAUGAUAGAUGAUCACCACAAAGAUACGCAACAUACGCAUGCGCAUCCGUCUUUGCCCUUUCCCUUAACCGGUCUUCUUCGACUUCUUACCCGUAAGAGAGCCUGCCCAAUGAAGAUGAGGUUUGUUUAAUAGCCGGGUGCUGGGGAGGGAAAUCUGUCCAAUAGGAAGAGGAGAUGCUUUUAUUGACGUGAAGGAAGUUCGGGAUCGUACGUAACUGCAUGGAGAGGAGGAGGAGGAAGAGGAAGAAAACCAUAGACUUUGGUUGGAGCUGUGGUUGUGAACGGUGACAGGACUGCAGGUUCUUUUUAUUCUUUCUUCCUCGCAAUGAACUCGUUGGAACAGGCGGAAGGUAAUUGGGGGUCUUCUCGAGGCUGCGGGCGUUAUCAAGAUCUCAAGGCUUUUGAAAGAAGGCUUACUGAAUAUAUAGCUUGUUUACAGCCAGCUACUGGACGCUGGAGAAUAAUUCUUAUAGUGGUAUCAGUCUGUACAGCAACUGGUGCCUGGAACUGGCUAAUAGAUCCUGAAACACAGAAGGUAUCUUUCUUCACAUCUCUAUGGAAUCAUCCAUUCUUUACAGUUAGCUGCAUUACUCUGAUAGGUUUAUUUUUUGCUGGAAUACAUAAAAGAGUGGUGGCGCCCUCAAUCAUAGCAGCGCGAUGUCGAACAGUCUUGGCAGAAUACAACAUGUCUUGUGAUGAUACUGGAAAGCUAAUAUUGAAACCCCGGCUUCAUGUCCAGUAACCUACCAUCUUCCUUCAGCUCUACCUGCUGUUGUGGAAACAUAAGAAAAGACCUUUCUUCAAGAUAGUGAGGUCAAAUAGGACUGUGGUGUCGAGCUGUGUACAAAGUGUCUUAACGGUUGAUGGCAGAAGCAUGAAAACAUCUGGUUUAUUUAUUCAGAAUCUCCAUGUGUUUUCUUGUAUGUUCUGUGCUUUGUUUCUUCCCUUACAGCAGGGAUACAGAAGCAGUAGCCUUCCAGAUGUUGUUGGACUCCGACUCCCAUCAGCCCCAGCAAACAUGGCCAAUGGUAAGGGAUUAUGGGAGUUGUAAUACUACAACAUUUGGAGGGACACAGGUUCCCCAACUCUGCCUUGCAGUAUUACUCCUUUGGGGUUUCAUCACAGACAAAAUGGAUCCUCUAUGCAGAAAAUGAGAGUCACUUAAUUUUAUAAUGUGCAAAUCACUGUAAAUAGAAAAUGGAGCCAGUAUUUGAAAAUAUAUUUAAAUAUGCCAUUCACAUAGCUUUUUACCAGUACAUUCAUUCAUCAUGGCUAUUUCCCUCCCCACCCAGAAUCUACUUAAAAAAAAAAUCCUUAUCGCAGAUCUUUUUGUGCAUGUUAAUUUUAUUUUUGUUACAUAAGAUACUGUAUUUCAGUCCCUUGCAUUAUCUGUAGCUUGACUAUUUCCAGGAAAUUCUGUUAGGUUUUUAAUAUUUUAAAACCUCUGUAUGUUUAUGGCAUACAGUAAUGAUGUAUUGUAUCUGAAAUUUACACUGUGAUAGUUCUGCCAUGAAACUAGUAUUGCUUAACUUCAGAUUACUUGGUUUAAAAAAGUGCCACAAAUGUAACAAAAUUUAAGGUGAAUUCUGCCUAUCCUUUGGGACCCAGUACAUAAAUCAUGCUGCCUGCUAACCUAACCAUGAUUAGGGAAUUGGGAGUAUCCUAUAGGCCUAUAUAUGCUUUCCUCUCUUGCAUGAAACUUCCUGUUUUGGAGUUACCAGCAGUUAUUGUUUCCUUUCCACCAGCAUUUUUACUAGGCAUACUUGGUGCCAAACCAGUUUGCAAACCUGCUUCUAACCAUGGCUGUGUGGUUUGACAUUAACUAUGGCUGAAAAAAAUGUCAGCAUAAUGUAUGAAUGUAUAAACUGCAGUAUUUAUAUUGCAAGAGGUGGGAAGACAUCCUGAGGAAGAGGAGGAGUGUGCAAGACUGUGGCACGCUAUCCAUGAUUAUGUGAGCAGGCAGCAUUGUGUUUAAUAUAAGUAAAUUUAUUUCCCUCCCUGCCACCCCCCCCCCCAUGGAAACAUGGUAAUCGGAUUUGCCAAAUGUAUGGUAGCCACUGGGUCAGAUUCUCUAUCCUUCAGUGAACAUGGAACUCAGGUGCGGGAAGGCGACUGAAAGAAAUCACUAUGUAAAAAGGCAAAAUCAGCAAUCUGAAUCUACCUUUAUUAUAUAAAAGUGUUAAAAUUUAAAAAGGCUGUUACGCAUAGUAUGACUUCAUAUAUUGACAAAGAGCAAUUUAAUUUAAAAAUUUAAAUCCUCCUUGUGCCUUUUUUUUACAAAACCUGUAUCCAGCUAUUUUAAAAAGAAUAUAAAACUUUAAGAGCACAAAGCAACUGACGGUGUAGGAAAUGUCACACUACAAACAAGAUCUUGAAUGUAUGGGAAACCAAAACUACAUUGGUGUCAAUGUUUAAUUUUCAUUUGAUUGCUGCAAUAAUAUCCUGUGCUCUUGAAGUCUUCUACAUAUCUCUUGCUCCACCUCUGUUUUUAAAGUGCUGUAAAUUUUUGUAGGAAAUGUGUAUAAAAAUAAACAUUUUAUUUAUAAUA